GUGAAUCAUGUGCGCAAGGUGUGGAAGAAGGGCGUCUGCUAGGGAUUGGGCAGCGCGAUGAAAGGCAAGGCAUACUUGACAGUAUGUGCCUACGAUCCCAUCCUAGGAAGCAGAGGUGAAGAAGUUGGAGAAAGUACAGUAGAUGAUGGCAAGGUGUGCCUCCAUCCAGCACGAUGCAGAAUGAACUGCUCGCAGUCAUGGCUGGAGUCGGUGCAGAGCUGCGCCUCCCGGGCCGUGGGGCCGUGCCUCGGCCGGCAGCGCCAGGUGCACCCCGCGACGGGCGGCGCCCGGCACGGCCACUUCGUCGACCUGGGGCCCCGGAGGCGGGUCCGUGUGGUGCACGUUAAGGCCCUGGACUUAGCGACCGCCAAGCGCCUGUCGGGGCUGGACGCGGCGAGCGAUGCCGCGACGAGCGCCCCCUACGCCGGCAGGCGGUCGCGAACGCUGUCCGUGGCCUCCGACAGUUCCAACCUGUCGACGGAGGAGUACUGGUUCACGCGCUGGAGUCGGCCCCUGAGGAGCUCCGACGGCUGCAACUGCUCUUUCCGCAGGUCCUGGAGGCGGUCCGUCAGGGACUCGAAGAUUUCCCACCAAGUCCUACCUGAACAUCGAGAGCACAACGAAAAUUACGCUGUCGAAGAAGUUUCAAAGCGACCAUUCCUGGAAGACUACGCUGAAAGUUUACUCCAAACCACUUUAACUGAGGUUUUUGUGUACUUGUCGACUGAUAAAAGUAUUUUGUUUAAACGCUUUGGUGAACUUGAAUCCAUAAAAGAGACCCUUUGUGAUUCGCCCGAAACACCUGAUCGUUCUGAUGGGAAGGAGUGCUUUAGCUUUACCAAUCAUUCGUUCGUUGGAUCUUGUGAUGUAAUUAACGUAAUCUCUUUAGAUACUAAGUCUGAGUGUGGGCUCAUAGCCCUGAAUCCAAAUGAUAUUACUGAUAAGACUGUUACCUGUGUGUUUCAACCGGCGCCUACCUCUGUAACGGGUCUUAAUGAUAAGCAAACGGGAGAGAAUGAAUGUGGGACUGUGGAGCAUAAUUUGUCAACCGAAGCGUUGAGUGACAUCGAUAAAGAUGUGUCUGAGGCCAAAGAAAUCGUCAGUAGCAAUAAUCAAAGUUUCUGUUACUCCAACUCUAAUGGUUAUAAGUCGAGUGGAAAGAUUCUGGAGGCAGACCAGUCGGAUUCCCGGGUGCCUCCUAUAGAAAGAAGAAGCAGGAGAAUGUGUAAUCACACCCGUUCUACAAGACUGAAGCCCGUGCUGUUCUUCCUGCACGGGGCCGGCAGCUGCGCGGACCUGUGGACGGGGCUGGUGCUGCACUUCGCCCGCGCUGGCUACGAGGUGGUCGCCCCCGACAUGCUGGGGCACGGCUACAGCUCCGCGCCGGACUGCGCGCCCGCCUACGCCUUCCCCCGCCUGCUCCAGGACGCGCUCGACGUGUUCGACGCCUUCGUCGGCGACCGCAGGAGCGUCGUCAUCGGCCACGCUUUCGGGUGCAGUCUGGCUGCCGCGGUGGCCCGCCACAGGAGCCAGGGCGUGGCGCAGCUGGUGCUCAUCAGCGGGGGAGGCCCCACGCCCCUCGCCCCGCGGUCUCCCGGGAGCCGGCCCCCUGCCCUGCCCGCCCUCCUGCGGGCCUGCCUGCGCCCGCUCGUCAUGUGCGGCUUCAGGAGGAACAUCCUGUACGCGCCGUGCGGCAAGCACAUAGAGCCGUGCGAGCUGACGAGCGGCGGCGUGCCGGGGUACGUGCUGCGGCACGUCGCCCAGGGGCAGAGCUGGCCCGAGGGGGACGCGGCGUUCCACCGGCGCAUCCUCGCGCCGACCCUGCUGGUGCACGGACUGCUGGACCGCAGCGUGGCGCUCGUGCAGGCGUGCGAGAUGGAGCGGACGAUUCCUCGGGCGUUCUUGGAGUUGAUCCCGAAUGCCGGACACCUCCCCAUGUUGGACGCCCCGUCUCGACUCGGACACAUGAUACACUGCUUCAUCGAUUGGUGGAGUGACUGAGCUAGCGGUACGUGUUGAGCAAUCUCUUCCAGGGGUGUCCAGAGCUGUGGUCUCAACAUAAUUGUUGUUUCUGAAACUGAAAUUGUGUGGUAAACCACACGAGUGUUAUUUUUUUAAAGAUUUUUUUUUUAACUCCAGUUUACCUAAGCUGGAAGUGGCAGCAUUGGGACAAUGCAUUCAAAAUUAUUUUAUUUCAAUAUUGAGGUCAGUGCUGGCCAACUGGCAUGUUGACCCACGAAGUUGUUUUGUUUGGCCCACUUAAAGAAUCGUCCAACAAAUAAAUGUUAUCAGGUUUACUGUCAUUUAUCAGGCAUGUUUGUUAACACGUGCGUAGAAUAAGUUAUCAUUACAAUAAACACCGUUCUGAAGCCAUAAUAUUUUCACAGAAAUAUUGAAACCAUAUUAUUUAUAUUUUUGCAAACUGUUAAUUGUUUCAUGGCUAUUAUUAUUAUUUUUUUUAAAAUACUCUACACUAUAUUUAAGAGAAUUUUAUAUAUUUAUAUAUUUACCACAUGCCACAUAUGUAUUGGUUAAUUUACAGAAUAAUAUAAUGUUAAAAGUUAAAAUAUUGUAAGAAAUUUAAUAUUAUUUCAUGUGUCAGGCACUGGAAUUAGUUUUAAAAAAUGUCGGACCCUUGCAUUAGUUUAAAAAAUAAUACCUGCUAAGUUGGCCAACACUGAUUUUGAUGUAUGAUUUGCCCAUCCCAGCUUAGCUAAAAUCUGUCAAGUCAUAGGUACUGCAUUGUAUGUGGUUACUGUAUUGUGAGAUAAUAAUUGUGUUGUUAAACAGAUUGUUUAGUGUUGUUUUAUAGGAUUUUUACAUCACGUGGUUAUACACAGAAUCUUAGGUGAUGGUAUGAUUAAACCUCCAAGAUUAUAGCCUGGGCUCCGCACAACUUGGGUACCGGCUCAGGGCUCGUAAGUUUGAGUCAUGCAAGGGUGUUGGGGUUGAACCCUUCACCCUCGCAACAUUAGCUCUGUGCGUCAGCUAGACUACGAAGGACUCUUCUUAAAAUUGUGUUUUUAGGAUGGUGCGUUCACCUGCCAACCCUUUUUUUUUUUAAGGGGCAACGAAACCGUUUAUAAUUUCACAGUCCUAUUCAUUAAUACACUGGAAUUUAGGGGAAUUUUUCUACUGGUCAGUGAAUUUUGAAUUGCUGAUGAUGUUGUAAUAACGACACUCUUAAUCUCAAAUCCAAGGUGAGCGGGGAAUCGGUAAUGGAAGUAAGACAAGCCACUUGUAAAAAUAUUGUUCAGCAUGGUAAUACCAUUAGUUAAAAUAUUAACAAGAAUCAUAUCACAUUGUCCCAGCAUUGUAUACCACUAGAGACCUAUCAAAGAUACCAAAUUUUGUAGUUUAUUAAUUAUAAUUAAUAUAUAAAUAAUAUAUAAAUGGGUUUCUUUUAACACAUGUUUCUGAACGUGUGUGCUUUGAAGCGGUCGAUGCAUGUUGCUGGCAACAUGAUAUUAUGUGCAUACUGCAAUGUAGUUAUAGUUAAUUUAGAUGUAUGCAAGAACAUCUUGGAAUCCAAUGAAAACUUUGUUAAACUGUUCCAUCAGUUCUUAUUGUUGAUACAAAAAUUAUUUUAUAUAAUAAUAAUAAUACUGCGUGUUAAGUGCCUUAACUGUGAGAGUCCAGCUAAGUUUACGUAUUUUUUAAAAAAAUUUACAACAAUUUUAUUUUGUGAAAUUUGUUUGUGAGACCAAAGUCAAUUUAGUUUUGCAAAAAUGAUUUUUGCUCUAAUCAACGAAUAAUUAAUUUGUUUUAAUUUUGCUGCACUUCAUAUUGAAUACUUGUAGUCUUAUGUUUGUGCACAUGAAUAUCAGAAGUUUUACUAAUGUAAUAAAAGUAACUUUUUAUUUGCCAUGUCAUGCAGUGCACUAUGGUUAAGCUAACAUAGUAAGAGUUGGUGGACAUUUUUGUUCCAUGGAAAAUUAUGGUUUGUACUCAGCUGUCUUAAAUUUCUAUCACCUUGUCACAGUUUUAAUUUUUGAGUCUUAUUACGUUUUGAUUGUAUAAAAUAAGUACGUGUUUGGCAUUUAUCUGCUUGGUAUUAAAUAUCUCUAUUUUAUUUUCUCAUUUGUAUUAACUAGGAAGAUGAUAGGUACAUAAUUAAUCUAUUCACAAAAUUGAUUGUUUUAAACAAGUCAUAACUUACAGUAUUAUAGCUGCCUUGACAGAAUAACUCACUAAAAUUUACAAUGCAAAGCAACUUUUUUUUAGAUAGUUGAAAAACAUUUGGUACGUAGGUAUUAGACAACUUUUGUAACAAAUUUGGUAAAGGAAACAGUUUCUGAAGUUUACCAUGUGGGAAUCGUGUUGGUAAUGAAUCAAGAAAUUAUUUUGAUGUGUGACUGCUAACAGGAAAUAUAAGACCAAUACACCUCCAAAUUUUAUAUUUUAUUAAGUCUUCCAACUGUCUGCUUUAAAGUAGGUAAUUUCUCAAUAUCAAGCGUUGUAAAAACCAGAACACAUCACAAAUGUAGUACUAAAAAUUUAAAGAAUCUUUUAUUUUGAAUAUCAAGCAACUGUGCUGACAUGCACUUGUGUUGCAAGAAAAUUAAUUAUUUGAAAUUUUUUGUUUGUUUGCAAACAGUUCA